GUGAACUGUGAGAAAAUCUAUUGUAAGUAUCCGCAACAUCUGCAUUAGAAAACUACAUAACAAGACCUUGUAUGUUCAUUAGAUACUCUUCGCGAAUAGAUAUGUAAGUAUAAAUAUGAUUCAAGCGAGGCGUAUUUAGUUGUGUAAUUUAUUCGUGUUACGUUUGCCAAUAAUAUUUUGAAAUGAUCGCCGUUAUAGGCAAUGGUACGUGAAAUGAAAUUAAUUAGCUGCCGGUAGGGUCGUAAUAUAUUCUGUAGUUUGUGUAGGAUUCUUGGAUGUUUGAGUGUAAAUGGUCAUGUAUGUAUACUGAAUCUCCUUGUGGAAAAAAUCGGAGCCCAACUUCUAAUAUUUUGAAGAUUAAAUCCAUUGUUUUUCCUGAAUGAUGAGGUAAUUUUCCAGUUUGAAUGUCGAACCCUUAAGAUUUCAGAAUUAUUAUGGUGAUUCUGAAAGAAUACUAACUAAUAGAAAACAUUAUGUUUCUGAAGCUAUUACACCUAUACCCAUUUGUCGCAUGUACCAGUGGGCAGGGGUGAGAGUGCGCAUUACUUUUCUUACUUGAAAUGCAUUUUUUUUGCUUGCGUGAGGUGCCUUGGGCGGUAAAGUUGAGUCUACCCCGGGCUUUAAGAACCCACACUACACAAAUACCUAUAUCUUUAUCAUGAAAGUAGUGGUUAAAAAGACUGCAUUAAAUUAUCGAUUAUAGUAAUUUGUUACUUGCUCUAUUGCUUCAUGAACAUAAGCAGAUAGCUGAAAAGCAACAGAAUCAUAAACUUCAUAAAAAAUUAUCCACACUUUGUUUAUAUAGCAGUUAGUGCCAAGUUGUCUUCUCAACUACACAAUGAUAAUUUUGCCUGUUUAUAUUUACAUUAGGCUGGUUUACUGGACCACAUGGCUGUCUGAUACAUUAUUUUUAAACUGUAAAUGUAAUCAAAUUGCCACACUUGAUUAUAAAUAUAUAUUGUCAGAAAUAGCCAUAUGUUAUAAUAACAGAAGAUAAUAUAAUUAAUUAGCAUAGUGACCAAUGUUAGUGUUUGGCAUUCUGUUUGGUUAUCCUGUAUAAUAAUAUCAGCCCUGCAUUAUAUACUUGCCCACUGCUGAGCACGGGCCUCCUCUACUACUAGCCUGUAUAAAAAACAUAUAUUAAAAUUGAUUCAUAUUCUUUGCGUGAAUGGGUUUGCAGAGAGCAGGACUUAUGAUUUGGUUUUCAGUUUCAUUGUAUGAUAUUCUUCCUGAAACUGUUUCUUACUCAGUGAAUGUCAAUGUCAGGAAAAUUUGUGAAUUUAAGGCUAACCCCUCCUCGGUAGAUUCUGCCUUGAUCUUAUUGUAAAAUGUUAUAAAAUUUGUCUUGCAAUGAUUUUUCACUAUUUAUUGUACUUCUUCUUCUUCUUUUAAAAAUGACUGUCUAUUGUAAUUCUCUUUGGAAAGAUUGCCAUUAACUUCUCAUUGUAAAUGUCAUAAGUGUCAAAUCUGCAAAACAAAUUUAUGUAUUGUCUUGACAAUAACAUCAAAGGACAUUAUACAUAUGAUUAAUUAAAUUAACAAAAUUAUUUAAUUGUGUGUCAUCUAUAUAUUAUAUUUAUGUAUAAUUAUUGUGUGGUAGAUAAUUAAUGACAAGUAAUCAUCAAUUUAAUAUGCAGCCACGUUACAUGGAACAGUCGCCCACACAUGACUCCUGGCUGGGCGACGACAGACUGACGUCAGAGAAGGAUGAUGCGAGCCCUCUACUCACAUACAGAUAUGAAAAGUAUCGGCAGUUCGCGCCGUACGCGUGCGAGGGCAAGGUGGAGAGGCGACAGAAGCGCUGCACUGGAAGGCUGAUGCUGAAGAUAUUCCCCAUAUCCAUGCUCAUUCUGUGUGCCUUCCUCUACAUACCGUUCUAUAACAGAGCCAGUGAUCAGCCUCCCAAAGCCUUGGUAGCAGGAUGGUCAGCAAACACAAACCGCGACACAAAAGUGUACGUCCAACCGAACAACAUAACAACACUACAUGAACCGACUGAUGUGUGCCAUAAACAACAGAAGAACAAGCUGUUCCUCCUCAUCGUCGUCUGCUCGUCGACAACAAACUUCGAGCAGCGCGCCGCCAUAAGACAGACGUGGGGAAAUUACAAGAAGUACCUGGAAAUAUCUAAAUUAACCGCCAAAGUUAAAGAGAAAUACAAACACUAUAACUAUAGUUAUGAUCUUUAUACAGAAGAUUUUAACAUAAGUGAUGUCCUGAAAAGGAAUAGACGGGAAUCGGGCUUUGCCAAACUGCUGCCAGAAUUAGCCAAAGCGCUGCAAAAUAACCUGGUCACUGUGAAGCCCGAGGUAGAGAAACGGUUUGAAGACGACAUAUUGCCAGAAUUUGAUAUGAACAAAGAACUGGGUGACCAAACAGAGAAUUAUGAUUACGUGUACGAUACGAAUAUCAUGAAAAUUCCGCCUAAAGGGUACGAAGAGACGCCUAAUUUGGAAAAGGUGUUGUCUAUGCUCAAACUUGAUAAAAACUUCCCCAAAGUAACGGAGAAAAUGGAAACUGGCAACACUGAAGUGGAUUUUAAAUUGGUUUUCAUUUUGGGGUUGCCAUCUAGUGAUAAUUAUACUGGAGUACAAAGAAGGAUUGAAGAAGAAGUUAUCACCCAUGGGGAUAUAAUACAAGAGGAUUUUAUUGAUUCAUACAAUAAUUUGACGCUGAAAUCUAUUAUGAUGCUGAAGUGGAUAACUCAUAAAUGUGAUGAUAUAGUUCGCUACAUCCUGAAGACGGACGAUGAUAUGUACAUUAACGUGCCCAACCUGGUGGAAAACCUUCGCAACCGGUCGCGCAUCUUCGACGCCAAGGCCAGAAGCGGCAAGGAGAAGGAGUAUCUGCUGAUCGGAGACCUCAUCUGCGGAGCCAGGCCGGUGCAGGACUCUAAUAACAAAUGGUAUAGCCCUCCCUACAUGUACGGCGGGCGCGUGUACCCGCGCUACCUGUCGGGCACGGCGUACGCGCUGUCGCUCGACACUGCGCAUGCGCUGUACAAAGCCGCUCUCACCACCAGCUACUUCCACCUCGAGGACAUAUACAUCACUGGCAUGUGCGCGCUGCGUGCGGUGCCGCGCGUGGUGCCGCGCGACGACGCGCAGUUCUCGUACGUGCGCGCCGGGCCGUGCGCGCCGCACGCGCGCGUGUCGGCGCACCGCAUGCGCGCCGCACACAUGCACCACCUCGACCACCUGCUGCGCGACUCCGCCAUGCGCGACAGAUGUGAAAGAAUCCGCCUAACGCAGGUAAGGAGAGACAUGCUCCGGCCAAAACCGCUUCGGAAACUAACAAAGAAACACAUACCAUACUAACAAGCCUGUAAAUCACUAACCAAGUGGGUAGUGGGAAUACAAUCUAUUAUGCAUAUCAGAAGGCACCAAACACCGUUGUCUAUGUGGGAUUUAAACAUAUCCAGUAUUUUUAAUGGGUUCGUGGUGCAAAGCAUGAUAAGUACAUUUUUAUGAAAAAAGGGACUGUAUAAAUAUAUCAUAUUUUCCUUAUAACAAUGUUCGAUAAAAAAAAUAAUAUAAAUAUCAAGUGAGGUUUAAAAACAAUUUUGAACCUUUAACGAGUAUCGGGUAUACCCAAUAUAUCACAGCGUUAUUAUGACAAUGUGUUUUUAUAUUGUGUAUCUGGUUGAUCCAAUACUUUGGUCAGCGCUGGCGAAGUGACUCUGAUAAUGAUCAUUAAAACUCAACCUUGUCUCCCUCCGCACGCGGUUGAUUUUAGUGUAGCAAAAGUACUAUACGCGGCGCUUCAAACUCACUUUAAAUUUUUUCAAUAUAGAUCGUGUGCGGAAGGCAAUAAGGUUGAAUUUUACGUCAAUUUACUUUUUUUUCUAUCAGCGCUGGCCAUUUUUCAAAACAGCCCGUUGCUAACCAGGUAAUGGGUAUUCCAAAAUGGCGUAUCAAAUACGCGCAUUUUGUAUAGAUUUAUGCUUUAUUUAUACUUAACUCAUUCCACUGCUGGGCUUAGCCCUCCUGUAGAUAUCCCAAUUUGGGGUUUAACUAUGUCCUUACUAACCAAUAACUAUUUUUAUUCACAAUGGGUCAGUAGACUAGUCAGGUAGGAAUCUAAGGGCGAUAGGUUCAAUUUCCAGUUUUGUUAAUUGAUUGUGCACGUCACUUUGUUUUAAAUACAUGACGUAAGGAAUCUCAGUAGAAGUUUGAAAUUGUAUGUUUUUAAAUUUUUGUUUUUAGUUAGCUUAAGCUGAGGUAGAUAAGGUACCUUUUUAAGGACCCGUUGUUUUAUCAGUAACAAGUUAAUUUACAAGUAGCUAGAACUAUUUUUACACCACAGUAACCUCAGUAUAUGGUGUGGGUUGAUACCCGCGUUUUCAAGGUGCUACAGAAUUCCAGAAAUUAUUAGAAUGUAUUUUGCAUCAAAACCAACAUUUAUUUGGUUGUGAAGAAGUCAUUGGUGAUGGAUUUAAUAUUGCAUCGUGGAUUGGCAUGUUUUUUUUACUAAUUAAAUUGAUAAAAAAAUUGUACUUAAUAAUUUAGUUUUUCUAAAUUUGCAUGACAAUAUAACAGAACACUAAUUAAUAAUGCACUCUGAAAUCAUAAAAAAUACCAAUGAAGACGAAGAAAGAACGAGAAUAAUUUGUCGUCUCGCCGAAGGAAACGUUUCAUUAAAAAAAAUAUAAUUUUUUGUCGUCGCAAUUGCUAUGUUGGCCUACAAUAUGACGCCUGACAUAUAUUCAGAAUUACGAUAGAAGGAGGCAGUUCCUAAAUCGGAAAAAUAGGUUAAUAUUAUUAAGUCUCCUUGGUUCCCUUUGCAAUUAUACCCUUUGUUAGGCCCCUAGAUGUACAUACACUUGCGUCCAAGUUACUGAUUUUUAAUAGGUGGUAGUUAAUUAUAAAUAUUUUUUAUAUUUUGUGAGUAUAUCGUUAGUUUAUAAAUUACUGAACAUUGUAUUACGAGUACAUCUUGAAAACGCGGGUCAACCGUUUUAUUAACUAUUGUACGUGGACACGUCUUUUAAUGUAACAUAUGCGAAAAAACGUGAAAUUGGGUUAUACAACUUUGACAUCCUGUGUCAUGGUGUCAAGCUUAGGGCGAUGCUGCUUUGUAAAUCAUUCAAAAAAAUGCUUUAUUCAUCACGUAGGUGAACAUAGUUGCACUUAUGAUAAGUCAAGGUACAUAAGAAUAUUUAAUUAUUACUUAAAUAAAGUAGCUUAUAUAACUAAAGGCAAUUUAUUGGACAUGAAAAAAUGAAGGAGUAAAUAAAGAAGCCAGCUCUGGUUGGCAGGAAAGAAGAAAUAAAAAAGAUGUAUAUAAUCUUAAUCAUUGUUCUACAUUUUGGAGCUAUUUGAGUAACUUGCUCAUGUCUUGGAUAAAAAACGGCAAUAAUUUCUAAAAACGUGUCGACACCCAUUGCAGUUUUAUUUUCAUUUAUUUUCCAUACAUUUCAGGAGAAACACGAACAGCAAAGUUUGUACGUUUUAUACAAAUACAUCCGCUUAUUAAUCUCCACUCAUUGUGACUGACUUUUAUUGUGUAACUAGGAUGUUAGAAAUUUGGUUCAUGAUGAGGAAUGUAGUAUUAUAUGGUUCUGUGUGUUCAGAGUUCAGCUCAUGUCCUAGCUAUAAGGGUUUUUAUCCCGUAAAAAUGGUAAUGCUUUUAGUUGCCAAAAACUAUACUACUAGUUCCAUUUUCUAAGCCACGUUUUAAUAAUUCAUUUUUUUUCUGUUUCGUUCCCGCAGGCUAUAAUGACAGUAAUUGUUGUAUAUUGUGUUAGUUCAUUUGCAUAUCAUUUUAAGAGAAAUAAGUGAUAUGAAAAAAAAAAUGAGAUUCAUUCCAUUUAUCAAGUACCUGUAUUGCUCAAAGCUGAAGUCCGCUUAAGACGAAAUAGUUUCUUUAUAUACGGGCUACGUAUAAAAGAGAGUGAAAAGUAUUUUAGGUAAUGGCAAAGUAGCUAAAAAAAUUGGCAAAGUGGUCAAAAUUCGACUUUGCGGCUCAUUUUUAGAGUACAUUCCGAAGACAGCUCGUGUAUAUACAAAAACUAAAAACCGAUGACGAAAUAUCUCGCUGGUAAAUAUUAUAUUUGAACUUUAUUUACAGAACUAAUGUUAUUAGCUAUUAUGCCAGGAUUAAAAACACAAAAAUUCUUAUAAAAAUAAUUACUAACCGCCGUUUUCAGUAAACGACCCCAAUCGCUUUUUUCGAUCCAUCGCGAUAUCUGCCCAAUCAGAAAAAUUGUUUGUUACGUGUUUUACACAUUAUUAAUUUUACUUAUUUUAAGUAGAUUAUUGUCGGUAACGGAUAGAUAAUAAUCUGGGAACGUUAAUUGAAGACGGGCAUACGUCUGUACAUUUGAUCUCGUUAGUUUUACUUAUUGGCUAAUUUUGACGAUUCGAACAAUUACAGUUCGCAAUAUCAAGGAGUUUGAUAUAAACAUGGUUGAACAAAAAAAUGGUUAUAGUAAACAUUACGAUUAUUGGAACAAGAUAUUUUUGAUAUAGAAGUUCAUUACUUACUUUAAUUUCUUUUGAAACGAAAUUGGUUAUGGUGGUAAACGUAUUAAGCGGACUUCAUUGUUUUUAUUUAUUAUCCCGUAGUUAGAUGUUUGUGUACUUAAGCCUAAUAAAAUUAGAUGUUCUCUUCCAUAUUUUUUUAGAUUUUAGUGUCAAAUAUUUACAUGUUUAUAAUUUUAAUAAAUCCUAUUUGUAACGAAUCUGUAUUAUAAUGAAUUUAUUUUAUAUUUUAUUCAAUGAAUUAAAAAUGUUACAAGUGUGCUGAGAUUUAUUAGCUGCUUCUUAGAAUAGUUGAUACUUUAUUUUUUUUUUAUCACACCAAUAGAGAACAAAAUGCUGCCAUCUGGAGUUCUAUGCUCAGCAGUGGACCUGAUUUAAUAUAAUUAGGAAUUCAGUCAUUUAGAGAUUCAGAUCAAAAGGCCAAUAGCUUUAGGUGAAUUAGAAUUAGGCAAAGUCCGUUUACAAUAUGAAUGGACACUUAUCUUAGACUCCAUUAGAUUAGGUUCCCCUUAGUUAUAAAUCAGUGCUUUGACUGAUCAGUAAUUUUCGUUAAAAUAUACAAGAAGUGUUCUUAGAUCUCACAAAAAACCCCUGUUUAUAGUCGUUAUUUUUAUUUUUAUGUCAGGUUAAGAGCAAUAUUCCAUCUACGGGAGCAAUAUCAGUCUUGAAAUUGCGGGUAUUAUAAUUGAAAAAAAUCUUUGGUAGACGUAAAAAAGUGAAAAAAUAUACCUAUAGAACUCCUGUAAUUGCAAGAAGACGGAUUCGCCCUCAUUGAAGGAAUAAGGUCUCUAAACCUAUUAACAUUUAAAAAAUAUCAGUUUUUUAAAUCAAAGUCCAGUUCUACUGCCUUUUGUGCAGGAUACUGACAAAAUAAAAUUAUUGCUUAGUUAAAUCACUGAUGAAAUAAGUAAAGGGGUUGAUUUUAAUUAAGAUAGAAUGUUUUAUGCACCCUACAAGGGUAUGUGAUAGGGGAUGAGAUCUUGGUGCCUUGAGGAUAAUAGGGAUGGUGUGGCGUGCCAUUUGUUGUAUAAAGUCGCAUUGUAUGCCGCUACCAAGGGACGAAAACCAAAAUCCAGAAUAUGCAUAUAAAUAAAAAUGUGAUUCCCAUAAUUUAAUUUUUGAGUGCCGUCCAUCCGUCCGUUUUUAAUCCUUUAAAAAUGUAACGAAUGUUUUUUUUAUUUUGUCAUAGUAACUACGCGAAAAGUAGCUAACGAUACACACGAUCUUAUGACGUCAUUGAAUUACUGCGGGUGCGUGCGAGGGAAAUGGCAAUACAUUGCCACUCAUCCUCGUAACAGCAAUGAUUAUUAAGCAAUUUUCAUUCUUCCAUAGAAUAAAAAAGUAUAAAGUAAAUUGAGAAUCGUAAUUAAGUGAGACGUAUGCGACAUCAUAACGUGAUCUGUAAAUAUUGUCUUUUUAUAUUACGUAUACGGAUCGGAGAUUGGGCGUUCCGAACAGCCAGUGUUCAACUGAAUUGUACUGCAAUCCGGUAUUGAUUGCAAUUUUAUUUAUACUCUAUUUAAAGCGUUUUAGCACUGCAUGUUUUAAAAGGUUGUUAGACGACGAUUAUUGAUUGUCGUUGCAGCGAACUUUAGUUCUAACUCCAGAUUUUGAACAAAUAGUUCGUAUGGACGUUCAUGUCUAUUGAAUAUACGUCAAUACUUGGUCGCAGCAUCCGAUGCGACUGUAAUUUAACGGAAUUGUUGUAGAGUUGUUGAAAUCGAUAUUUCAUUAAGCUAAAAAUGCAAUCAUUAAGUCUGUUUUAGAGUUUUAGAACAUGUACCUAUUGUAUUUUUCUAUUGAACUUGCAAAAUGUAAAUUUGAUCAGUAUUGCACUAUAGUAUACUGCAUCGGUAAUAGUUUCAAUAUGGAUUUUGAAUCCAUUCAUUUAUUUUAAAAAAAAUAAAGUUUCUUUUUUUACGUUACAUGCAAGUUCGGUUGAAAAAUCCUUAUAGUUACUAACAAGAAGACGUAUCAUUAUAAUUUAGUAUAUUAAAAAUUUAUAUAUAGUGAAUAAUUGAAUAUUGUAUUGACGAUAUCUCAGUUCCAAAACAAUCAUUCAAUUUAUAUAAUUGAAAAAAGAAAGAUAUAAGUACUUUUAGCUGAAUUGAAAAUAUAUGUUUUUCUUUUCUGAUGUAUGCAUAACCCAUGCGUGUCGUAUUUGGUUUUGUUUUUUAGUCUUGAAACUUAUUGAACUGAGAUGUAUACGUAUUGUAUCAGCAUGUCACUGUAACGAGUGAAAAUGGAGCGAGGAGCUGAGUGAAAUACCUUUUAUUUAUAUUUAUUGUUUGCUCUAGUGGUUCGCCAGAUAGUUGGAAGUUUGAGUACAAGUCUUUUUAAAUAAGGCUUUACUUUCAAAUACUUUCGAUAGUGACUUUUUACUCUUCUAGUCUCCAGCAUUCCAUAUAAAAGUAUAUAUCAACUGCAACUUUGUAAAUAUUAGAUUUGCAAUAUAUAUAUGAAAACAAUUUAACAUUCAUGUUCUGCUGCUGCAUUCAUGUCGCUGCUGCAUAUAGGGCGUAAUUUCGAGCCACGUAAUAAGUAGAAAUUUUAGUUCACAUGUUUUUUCAACUAAAACUAUUAUUCAAAUUGUCAUAAAAAUAUCAAAGUUGUGCCAUUUCAAAGGACUUGUGUUCUAUAUUUCCAAUAUUCCAAAA